UUACCUCUGGCAGUAAUUGGAUUGAAAGAGGUCUUGCAGCAAUAAGCCUCUUACAGUAUUGCAGUUUGCACUUGUUGCUGAGCAGAGCAGAGCAGAUCCAGGACAGUUUGAUGGACACACGGACUAACAUUGCCUAAUAACUGCCUAUAGGAUGAGAUUUGAACUACAACCUUGGUUUGAAACGAGGAUAGCGUCGAUGGGACAUAUAUAAUCAUUUCCAGUUAGGCCUACAGGCUUUAUAGCCCUGGAAGGUCAGUCAAGAUGAUGGCCGGAGAUGUUGUUGGUAUCUGGGAGGUGGCGUUAAGCGAUGGGGUUUACAGGAUUGAGUUUGAACACGGCACGGCGACAGGGAAGAGGGUUGUUUGGAUCAAUGGACAGGAGGUGCUCAGAAGAGAUUGGAUGUUCAAACUGGUUGGAAAGGAGACCUUCACAGUGGGAGGCAUGGAAACAAAAGCAACAGUAAACAUUGAGGCUAUCAGUGGCUUUACCUACGAGUACACCUUGGAGAUUGAUGGCAAGAGUCUCCAGAAGUUCAUAGAUAACAGAUCCAAAGUCACUAAGACGUGGGUGCUGCAAGUGGAUGGUGUUGACUGCAGGAUUGUCCUUGAAAAGGACACAAUGGAUGUAUGGUUCAAUGGGCAGAAAAUGGAGACAGAGGGAGAGUUUGUGGAUGACGGAACAGAGACACACUUCACGGUGGCAGACCAUGACUGCUGCAUCAAGGCUUUGAGCAGUGGGAAGAAGAGAGCUGGCAUCAUCCAUUACUUAAUGGUGGAUGGGGAAGCAGUGCCCGGCUGGACAGAUUGA